CACAAUAUAAAGUUUUUGUCGAGCUAAGAACAACUGCUAUUCUGGGAGUAUGUCCAACAGGAUUAUUUGUGUCUGCAUCCGGGUAUGAUUCCGAAAACAGCUAGGUUGCGGUUGAGGUUGUGUUGGACCUAUUCCUGGAUCGCAAACCCUGGCGGCAACCCUGAUUCGGGAUACGGCAGCUAGCGCUCUGGCCUGCAACACAAGAGCAGACCUUUCCCUUCUUUCCCGACGCGUGAAAAGCCCCACGACCCGUGAGAUAGCAAGCAACUUCACCGAAAAGUGCAUAAAAGCCAGCGCAUCGAUCCGACAUCCCUCCUCUCCUCCAUCUCAACAGCACUCCCAACAACAUCACAUCUUCCUCUCAACCAAACAACGCAGCCAUGAAGCUCACCAGCACCAUCCUCCUCCUCGCCCUCUCCGUCACCAGCGCGUUGGCCAGCGUUCAAGUCGAGACCCGCGAGCCAAUCAUCAAAGUUAAGCGCGACGUGGAGGCCCGUGAACCUCGCAACAUUGGGAAUUGGAAACGUGAGCCCCGCAACAUCAACUGGCGCGAUGAGAGCAGCAAUAUCGAGAAGCGUGAGCCGCGCAACAUCAACUGGCGCGAUGAGAGCAGCAAUAUCGAGAAGCGUGAGCCCCGCAACAUCAACUGGCGCGAUGAGAGCAGCAACAUCGAGAAACGUGAACCCCGCAACAUCAACUGGCGCGAUGAGAGCAGCAACACCGAGAAGCGUGAGCCGCGCAACAUCAACUGGCGCGAUGAGAGCAGCAAUAUCGAGAAGCGUGAGCCGCGCAACAUCAACUGGCGCGAUGAGAGCAGCAACAUCGAGAAGCGUGAGCCCCGCAACAUCAACUGGCGCGAUGAGAGCAGCAACAUCGAGAAGCGUGAGCCGCGCAACAUCAACUGGCGCGAUGAGAGCAGCAACAUCAACUGGCGCGAUGAGAGCAGCAACAUCGAGAAGCGUGAGCCCCGCAACAUCAACUGGCGCGAUGAGAGCAGCAACAUCGAGAAGCGUGAGCCGCGCAACAUCAACUGGCGCGAUGAGAGCAGCAACAUCGAGAAGCGUGAGCCCCGCAACAUCAACUGGCGCGAUGAGAGCAGCAAUAUCGAGAAGCGUGAGCCCCGCAACAUCAACUGGGCACGCGAUGAGAGCAGCAAUAUCGAGAAGCGUGAGCCCCGCAACAUCAACUGGAAACGUGAUCCUCGCAACCUCCCCAUCUGGGCCCGCGAUGAGAGCAGCAAUGUUGUCGAGAAGCGUGAGCCCCGCAACAUCAACUGGAAACGUGAUCCUCGCAACAUCAACUGGGCCCGCGAUGAGAGCAGCAAUGUUGUCGAGAAGCGUGAACCCCGCAACAUCAGCUGGAAACGUGACCAAAACAACACCGUCGAUGAGGAAGACAACUACGAUGAGGAGGACAACAUCUACGAUGAGGAGGACAUCGUCGAUGAGGAGGACAACGUCGUCGACGCGUAAGACGUCACCGGCACCGUCGAGAUGCGGGAGCCGGAACCGUCCCGCCUCAAGUUCUCGCGGACAAUCCAUGCAACCCCUAUUAUAGAGCCGAGUUCGUAGCGCGCAUUUGCACAUAAGUUCGUAGGACCUAGUUUUGGGGACAUGCAUCCAUACCUUUAAUUUAUAAUGAAAGUUCCGGUUGACUACAUGCGA